GGGAGACACAUUUCGUCUUGACGAGAUGGCGAGGGAACGAAGAGACCUAGCCCGAGGCAUGUUCAAGUAAAACCGAAAAUAUUAACAGAGGAGCUGGUGGUAUCGGAGGAGGGUGCAGUCCAGGCACAUCUGCAGUCAGAGCCGAGGAGUGCAGUCAUGGUAUGAGGGUUACCAUAAAAGGCAAGCUCUUCGCGUGGCAAUGAUUUUGCCGACGCGCGAACGCUUUGACCGCGAACGCAACUUGGUCCUCCUCCUCCAACUUCAUUGGACGUCAUGGCCGACGACGCGAGUACACAGCCCACAACGGCCACCUCUGAGACGGAGCAUAUCGCCGAGGAUGGCGACGAGGAGACAAAGGAGAUUUUGCUCAUGAAGCAGAGGGUGGCUGAAAUGGAGAAGGAAGCCAGCAAACUUAGAGAACUGCAGGCGGCCGCAGAAAAGGCAGAAAGUGGCAGUCCAGAAGGUACAGAAAGUGGCGUUCCAAUGGAGACUGAAGAGGACAGGGCUGCAGCCGACGGCCGUAGUAUAUACGUCGGCAAUGUUGACUAUUCUUCAACCCCGGAAGAAAUUCAACAACACUUCCAAGCUUGUGGAAUCAUUAACCGUGUGACUAUCCUAUGUGAUAAGUUCACCGGUCAUCCAAAAGGAUUUGCGUAUGUCGAGUUUGCAGAUACAGAUUCUGUAGACGCUGCUCUGGCGUUGGACAACUCAUUAUUCCAUGGUCGUCUCCUCAAGACUCUCUAGGUGACACCGAAACGGACCAACAUCCCUGGAUUUGGCCGCGGUCGUGGACGAGGAGGCUUUAGAGGUACGUACCGGGGCGGUUACAGAGGUUACGGCGGAUAUAGUCCAUACCGAGGACGUGGCAGGGGUCGUGGUCGUGCUGGUUUUUAGUCUCACAAAAAUGGACAUGGGUCUGCCUGUGAAUUUUGCUUUGUCUACAUAUCCUGUACAAUGUAAUAUUGGGACGGAUCUGUCCUCCUUAGUCGUUGCUAGCUGUUAUAUAUACAUAUCGCUUUCUCCUGGUACAAUACCCUGUCGCUGCUACCGGGCUUAUAUAGGUCAUUCAGAUUUGCA